AAAAAAUAUGUAAAAACACCGGCUUUAAUUGCCUGGUUGGCAAUUUCCUCUAAAUCGUCAUAGAACAAAAUUCCCGAUCACUAUCCAACUAAUAGCUUUUGUUAUGGCGCCCAUCCAAGCCUGUUGGGCGCAAUUAAAAACCCAUUUCCAGCGGGGAUUUUAUCAAAAAAUCAUGCAAAUCCGGGCCGAGCCAUUAAUUUAUAAAACCCCAUUUUUUGCGAAAAGCAGCUCAUUACCAGCUAAACAGCACACAAUGAAUUUGGUUUGGGUGCUGCCUUUUCUUUGUUAUUUGCGCUUUAGCUGUGCCUGUAACGGCUACUCCAUUAAGCUGGUGAAGUACCAAAAUUGCGUGGAUGACAGCAUCAUCAAGCUACCAGCGAAGGAUUUUACCGUGAUUCUAGACAAAGAGUGCAACGUGUAUGGGAGCGGAUGUGUGGAAAUCACCAAAGACUUUACAACUGCUAAGGGAAAGUACCAAGCGAAAAAAGCGCCCCUUCCUUUGAUCGAGGGCGAGAUAAACUUGUGCGAACUUUCCGACCUGCUGAAAAAUACCCCCAACUUGGCUGAAGGGCUGGAUGUGAUGGGCAUUCCCACCAAAUGCCCAGUUAAGGCGAGGAAAAUCUGCAGCGGCACCGAAAACAAAUUCAGCCUGUUGAAGUACAAAAACCAAAUUGGGAUGGCUGCAGGAAAUUCGGAGUUUAAGAUCGAAAUCGAGCAUGACACCGGAAGAAGUUGCAUAGAAAUUCAUGCGAGCAUCAGCAAGGCAAGAAAAGGGUAGCAGGGUGCGUUUCAUGAAAUAAGUAUUUUCAAUAAACGCUACUAAUCUAUGA